ACGCUCAGAGUGAAAAAAGAGGCGUGUUCCCCAACAUUUCAUCCAAAAUCACUUGUCUUUUCUGAAAAUCAUGUGAAUUUUCUGGGAAGAAAAGCCUGCACUUUAAAGCAUGUAUAAUGUUUCCAAAAGCCGAGUAAAUUAGCAAAUACCAUGGAAAAAAAAGGUCGGAACAGCAAAAAACACAACAAAACCUACACUCCACUCUUAGUAAAUCAGGGCCUCUGUGUCCCUGGUUUUGGCCUCUGCUUAAUACACAUGCCUCUAGUUUAUGUAUCCAUAACAUCCACUGUGAUUUGAAAGGUUCUGGGCCUUGUAAGAUGCCCAGUACUGGCCCAGAGCCAAGGAAACUUUUGUAGCCCAUGCACCACCCUUUAGAAUUACUUCCAGGAUCUCCUGGCUAGUCAGCUUCAGUCUCCUUUUAUUAAUAGUAACAUCACAAGGGACAAGUUCGGAGCUACACAGGGUGAGGAGUGCUUGUCCUUUUAUAAUAUACACGUUAUAAAGUUCUCAUCGAGGAUAAUGGGGAACCGUGUUUGUUGUCAGUGGUGUGGACGCUGCCAUCAUUUUCUUCUUCAGAAGCUGGGCGGUCAGCCGGAUGAUGAAGCCGCUUCACUUUUGCAGGAUUCUAAAAGGACAGCAGGUUCUGUUCAAGACUUAGCCGGCCGUGGCUAUGAAACUUGUCAUUAUGGGACAUGGGGACAAGAUGAGCUUCAAACCCAAGCUUCAGUGAUCUGCCAGGAUACUUCUGAGGAGCUUCAUGAGCGGCAUUCUGGUCACGACUCUGAGGAAGAUGAGGGAAUCUGUGGUUGUGAAAACUUUCACCCCCCUUCUUGUCAUUCAGGACGCUCUUCAGAGGCCUCGAACACUUACAGUGCCUUUCACGGUGACCUUCCAGCUGGCAUGACGGAUGUGCCAGGCCUUCAUCCCUCCCUCCCCGCCUGUGCUUCACCAGGUUUGGACUUUGCAACACAGCAACCAGAGAGUCCUGGAGGAACAGCUGACCCGCCUGUGGAUUUUACAAAGGCAAAUAAAGGAGCACUGCAAUCUGAAAGCGGAGUGUCUUGUGAUCAUGAACAUCAAAGCAGCAUGACUGUAAUGAAUGGAGAUGGGGCACACGAGCACCAAACAGAGGUGGAGCCAAAGCAAAAUGGACACGAUGAUGACCAAGCAGAGGAUGGGAGUGAACAGGAGGUUAUCGUCAUUCAGGAUACUGGCUUUACAGUGAAGAUUCAAGUCCCUGGGAUAGAGACUUUUUCCAUUCAGGUGUCACCUCAAGAGAUGGUACAGGAGAUCCAUCAAGUUCUUAUGGACAGGGAGGACACCUGCCAUAGGACAUGUUUUUCACUACAGCUAGAUGGGAAUGUGCUGGACAACUUUGCAGAGCUCAAGACCAUAGAAGGAUUUGAGGAAGGUUCUGUUCUGAAAGUUGUUGAAGAACCAUACACUGUGCGGGAGGCCAGGAUCCAUGUACGCCACAUAAGAGACCUAUUGAAAAGCCUGGACCCAUCUGAUGCUUUCAAUGGAGUGGAUUGCAACUCUCUUUCGUUCUUAAGUAUCUUUACAGAUGGUGAUCUCGGAGAGAGUGGAAAAAAGAAAAAGAAGGGCACUGAACUUGAACAAAUAGAUUGUACCCCUCCUGAGUAUAUUUUACCUGGAGGAAAAGAGAGACCACUCUGUUCCCUGCAACCACAGAACAAGGACUGGAAGCCUUUACAGUGUUUGAAAGUGUUCACUAUGAGUGGCUGGAACCCCCCUCCCGGGAACAGGAAAAUGCAUGGAGAUCUCAUGUACUUAUAUGUGAUAACUAUGGAGGACCGUCAUGUCAGCAUUACGGCAUCUACCCGGGGAUUCUACCUCAAUCAAUCUACAGCGUACACUUUCAAUCCCAAACCAGCCAACCCCAGCUUCCUCAGUCACUCCUUGGUGGAACUGCUCAAUCAAGUCAGCCCUAUAUUCAAGAAAAAUUUUGCCACACUACAGAAGAAAAGGGUUCAGAGACACCCUUUUGAAAGGAUUGCUACCCCAUUCCAGCUUUAUAGCUGGACAGCGCCCCAGGUUGAACACGCCAUGGACUGUGUUAGAGCUGAAGAUGCAUACACAUCCCGUCUUGGUUAUGAGGAGCACAUUCCUGGCCAGACCAGAGACUGGAAUGAAGAACUACAGACAACACGAGAGUUGCCACGCAAAAACUUACCAGAAAGAUUGUUAAGGGAAAGAGCUAUUUUCAAGGUCCACAGUGACUUUACAGCAGCUGCUACCAGAGGUGCUAUGGCAGUCAUUGAUGGGAACGUCAUGGCCAUUAACCCCAGCGAGGAGACAAAAAUGCAAAUGUUUAUCUGGAACAAUAUCUUCUUCAGCUUGGGAUUUGAUGUCCGAGAUCACUAUAAAGAUUUUGGUGGGGAUAGUGCUGCUUAUGUAUCUCCCACAAAUGAUCUUAAUGGAGUAAGGACAUAUAACGCAGUGGACGUAGAGGGACUCUAUACGUUGGGGACAGUGGUAGUGGACUAUCGAGGUUACCGGGUUACAGCACAAUCCAUUAUUCCAGGGAUUUUGGAGCGGGAACAAGAGCAGAGUGUCAUUUACGGGUCCAUUGACUUUGGCAAAACUGUUGUGUCCCACCUUAAGUACCUGGAGUUGUUAGAGAAAACCAGCCGGCCACUUAAGAUCCUAAAACACAAAGUCCUUAAUGAUAAAGAAGAGGAAGUGGAGCUGUGCUCCUCAGUCGAGUGCAAGGGGAUCAUUGGCAACGAUGGGCGUCAUUACAUUUUAGAUUUGCUACGCACUUUCCCACCAGACCUCAAUUUCCUACCUAUAGAAGGUGAGGACCUGCCAGAAGAAUGUAAAAAGAUGGGUUUCCCCAAAGAACACAGACACAAGUUAUGCUGCCUACGUCAGGAGUUGGUGGACGCUUUUGUGGAACACAGAUACCUCCUGUUUAUGAAGUUGGCUGCCAUGCAGCUCAUGCAGCAGAAGACCUCCUCACAGGAGAAUCCCGCUGCCCUGGAAAAUGGGGAACCUGCAGCCUCAUCUGAUUCCACGGCACAAAGUGAGCCUCAAGAAAACAGUCAGCCUGCAGACAAAACGGUGGACAGUAUAGAUGGAGAGUUCCAAGUCAAAGAACUGGCAGAAACUGUGGCAUCGAACAAUGAAACUGUAGAUCUGAAGAGCAGAGAAGUGAUCCGGAAGGCAUGCCAGGCUGUGGGCUCAGUCAGUGAGACCUCUUUUGAUAUCCGUUUCAACCCAGACAUCUUUUCUCCAGGUGUGCGCUUCCCUGAGGCUGCGCAGGUAGAGGUACAGAAUCAGAAACAAUUGCUGAAGGACGCAGCAGCUUUUGUUCUGUCCUGUCAGAUUCCAUGCUUGAUCAAGGACUGUCUUGACCAUAAUGUUGUCCCCAUGGACGGUACCACCCUGGCUGAAGCAAUGCACCAGAGGGGAAUCAACAUGCGUUACCUAGGCAAAGUUAUAGAUAUUGUCAAAAAAUUCCCUGUCCCAUCCCAACUCGAUCACGUCUAUAAAAUACUUAUUAGUGAAGUGAUCACCCGGUCUGCAAAGCACAUCUUUAAGACCUACCUGCAGGGAGUAGAGCUGUCUGGUCUAUCUGCUGCCAUUAGCCAUUUCCUGAACUGCUUCCUCAGCUCCUUCCCCAACUCGGUUGCUCACCUUCCCGCAGAUGAGCUGGUCUCCAAGAAAAAAAACAAGAAGCGUAAAAACCGAAACCUCAGCAGUGCUGAUAACACAGCCUGGGCCAGCGUUACCCCUCAGGAGCUGUGGAAGAACAUCUGCUCUGAAGCCAAAGCCUAUUUUGACUACAGUCUUGAAUGUGAAAAUGUGGACCAGGCUGUGGAGAUGUACAACCUCCAGAAGAUUAGCCUUCUCAGAGAAAUUUGUAUUAAAGUUGGCAUCCAGGUUCUGCUUAAAGAAUACAACUUUGAUAACAGGCAUAAGCCCACCUUUACUGAAGAGGAUAUUUUGAACAUUUUCCCUGUGGUGAAACAUGUUAAUCCCAAAGCAUCUGAUGCUUUUCAUUUUUUCCAAAGUGGACAAGCUAAAGUACAACAGGGUUUCCUUAAGGAAGGAUGUGAACUUAUCAACGAAGCCUUAAAUUUGUUCAAUAAUGUAUAUGGCGCUAUGCAUGUUGAGAUCUGUGCAUGCCUACGACUACUUGCUCGCCUAAAUUACAUCAUGGGUGACUACUCAGAGGCCUUAAGCAAUCAGCAGAAAGCUGUCCUGAUGAGUGAGAGAAUUCUGGGUACUGAACACCCCAGCACCAUCCAGGAAUAUAUGCAUCUAGCAUUGUACUGCUUUGCAAACAACCAGCUCUCCAUUGCAUUAAAUCUGCUGUACAGAGCGCGUUAUCUCAUGCUGCUUGUGUUCGGAGAAGGUCACCCUGAAAUGGCGCUCCUAGAUAGUAACAUUGGCUUGGUACUUCACGGUGUAAUGGAGUAUGACCUAUCUCUCCGCUUCCUGGAGAACGCACUUACCAUCAACUCCAAAUAUCAUGGUGCCAAGUCUCUCAAAGUUGCACUCAGUUACCAUCUUGUAGCUCGUGUGUACGAAACUAAAGGAGAGUUUCGCUCCGCAUUACAGCAUGAGAAAGAAGGAUACACAAUAUACAAGAACCAGCUGGGGGAACAACACGAAAAGACCAAAGAAAGUUCAGAGUACUUGAAGUACCUUACCCAGCAGGCUGUAGCUUUACAGCGCACAAUGAAUGAGAUCUACAAGAAUGGAUCCAGUGCCAAUAUAAUGCCCCUGAAGUUCACAGCUCCCAGUAUGGCCACUGUACUAGAUCAACUGAAUAUCAUUAAUGGAAUCUUGUUCAUCCCGCUCAGUCAAAAAGACUUGGAAAAUCUGAAAGCCGAGGUCCAGCGUCGUCAACAGCUACAAGACGCAAUAAAGGGAGCCGACAACCAGGGGACUGAAGACAAAGAAACAGAAACAUCAGAAGCUGCCAAAACAAGCGUGGCCACGAGUGACACUGUAGAGACACAAACCUCUGCUUAGACUUGUUUUCUCUUCCUUUUUCAGACGCCACCUUUCAAACUAUAAUCCCUAUACAGGUUUUUUACCAAGACCUGUAGGUUAUAAAGCGCGUCUUGGCGAUAUUGUUGCACAGGUACAAAUGUCGAUAAUUCACAAUGCAAGGAACUAAUCUGUAAACUAUCAGUGAGUCUGUCUCUGCUGCACUGAGGCCCCUCCGUCCCUAAGCAGCUGUACACACACGAGAAUAUGGGGCAUCAACUAGCCUGAUCCUGAGACUUCAGUGUGUGUGUGUGUGUGCGCAAUUGGGUGUGUGUCCAUGCAAAAUCCAUUUCUGCACUUUCUGUUUGUACCUUAUAGGUAAUAGCUCUGCUUAGAGGUGACUGAAUAUUUCUCAGGUCAGUUAGAAAUGUGGACUGGUGCGAUUUUUACUGGAAAAGGUGUGGUCUGAGCCAGUAGAUCCAGCUUGUGGCCCCAGAAUUAAGCCAUACACUCAAUGGAAAAAGGACCCCCCCAAUCAUUUCUUCAUAGCCUAUUUGGUUUAGAUGGACAUGAAUGAUAUAUUCUGUAGGAGCUUUUCAUUUUGUAAGGCGGGGAGGGAGGCGGGUAAACCAUUUGCUUUACAGCUUUUCUUUUUUUUUUUUUUAUUAUUAUUGUUAUUAAGGACUUUUGGUUUUUUUAUCAUUUUUUUUUAUUAUGGUGAUUCUAUGACACGUGUGAUUAAGUAUGCUUGUAUUAUACAUGUUCAUUACAGAUUAUCUAGUGACACAAUAUCUGCAUGUGUCUAAGGACAACGAAAAGCUUCUCAUCUAUGCUGUAUCACACACAAUCUAGUGCCUGAAUGUAUAAAGUGUGGACAACCAGCAUACAGAACCCUUGCUGGCUGAGGCUGCGUCCAUUCAUUCUCUUUCCAUUUUUCAUCAAUUUGUAGACAUUUGCUGAUCACGUCGCUGCGCUUUUUUGAGGCAUUUUUCCUCAACUUUUUACAGUCUUCAAAAUUUUUCUCAUACAUGAGAUCGUGAAAUGAACUACUUAUUUUUAAUAGGCCACAAAUCGUCGGGCAGAUAUUCUAUUGCCAUUCAUUACAAAGACAUCUUGGUAUGGCUGAGGUGUUGAGUGCUCAUCCUCCUUUGUAAUUAAGCAGCGUUUGAUUGUAAAGAGCAUUUUCACUCUUAUCUGCCUUAAAUCCCAGUAUCCUGCGGUGUUCUCUUUGCACUUAGUCUAAUAGUAAUGUAAGGUCAUUGGCCUCGCUGUCCGUCUGGGGGAAGUUGUAUGGAAUGUUGGUCUGAGUACUCUACUAAUGUAGGUUGCAUUAGGCCAUAUUCACACAAUGCGAGUCACGUGUUUUUUUUUAAUUUUAUUUUAUUUUUUUGUUUUAUCAACUGGUGCCAGAAAGUUAAACAGAUUUGUAAAUGACUUCCAUUUAAAAAUCUUAAUCAUUCCAAUACUUAUGAGCUGCUGUAAAGUACAGAGGAAGUUCUUUUCUCUUUGAAUUUCCUUUCUGUCUGACCACAGUGCUCUCUGCUGACACCUCUGUCCAUUUUAGGAACUGUACAGAGUAGGAGCAAAUCCCCAUAUCAAACCUAUCCUGCAUCGGACAGUUCCAAAAAAUGGACAGAAGUGUCAGCAGAGAGCACUGUUGUCA